AUGCGAUUACCGCGCGCGCUUUGCCCGCCGCGGCUCUCCAUACUAGCUUUACUAACCCUCAUUGCUUAUGCAAACUCUCAAUCUCAGAAGGAUCUCCUAUGCAAGUAUCCAGGCACACGUAAUUGUGUUAUGUGGUUAGUAAACUUACAAGAUGACGAAAUUAGUGCAGAUACCCAUAUAACGACGAAAAUUCCUGAAUUUUGUGGUUUCAGCGAUGAGCAAUUUAUACCAUACCGGGAAAAAUACGUUAAGGUCACGCAGAUUGAAAAAGUCAGACCACUGAAAAUAUGGUGCAAAAAAGUAAUACUAUUAGGGCGCUUAUUUGAUUGGAAGGAAGUAGAAAACGCUUUAUCGACACACUCAAGGACUCGUCGACAAAGUUUCAUUCCUAGAGGAAGGUAUCGUGGACAAACGCAGUCGCAAUAUUUGGCAAUAGACAAAGGAAACGGUAAAGAUGAAGGCCGAGCUGAAGCUCACUCUGCUGCAGAUUCCUCAAGAGCUAGUGUCAGUGGCAACAGUGGUAUGGGUCAAGCACAAAGUCAAUCAAUAUACGAUCCCAACUGUGACGAUUGUUAUGGAAAACCUAGUCAUGAAGUUGAGAAUUUAAAACGUCCUGUAGGAUCUCAGCCAGGAAAAGGCAUUUAUGGACCGAAUACAGGCUCAUCUUGGCCUAAUAGUGAUAAAUUUGGGGCUAUUCAGCCAACAGGACCUGGUACCUCAGGAUAUAUCGGUUAUAUACCAAAUGGUGUAACUAACGGUGGAUAUAGUCCUACUGUUACUGGAAGUGGUGACUUUAGACCAGGCGAAUCCUCUACAAAUAAUAGAUAUGGACCAAUUAAUAAAACUGGGAUAGCACCGAAUGGAGUAUCAAAUGUGUAUGAUCCCCAAGUAAAUAGUGUCACUAGCAAAACGAGACCAGGAGAUUACAUAUCACCUGGAGCAGAAGGUACUUCGGGCUUGCCUGAAGAUAUAAAUAAAUAUGAACCUGGUAGGAACCACAAUGAUUUUAGAACAACAAGACCGCAAACUGGAUUUAGACCAGAUACAGAGAUAAAUAGAGGUCCGGGAGGGGGUGGUUAUUUUCCAAACCAAGGCAAUAUUUUCACCCAUCGACAAGGAGACACUCCAGCUGGGUCAGGAGGAAAUUUACCCCAAAGUGGCACUUAUGGACCUGGACAAACAUCUUACAAUAAUCAACCCACACAAAGUGAAUUAAGUGGUAGUCCUGGUACGUCUUCUACAGGUAUAGGAUAUAAUCCCAGACAAGUUGGUGCAAAUUUUAUUCCUGGUUGGCCUGGUGGAAAUUAUGGUCCCACAAAGGAAAGUCCCACAGGGUUCGGAACAGUUCAAGGUGGAAUACCAAAUAUAAAUUGGCCAAUAGCAUCGGGUCCUUAUCCUACACCUGGAGGAACUGUAUACUGCUGUGUCGUUCCAAAUACUGGUGUGCCUAAUCUUAGCGGUGGUCAAACACCUUACAAUAGCCAAAUACCUUACGGUGGGUACUAUAAAACAGGAUCAGAUGGGUCUGCUCCCUCUAACCUUGGGCAGCAAUAUGGAUUGCCUGGAAGUAUUGCCACACCUGGAACUCAAUAUAUACACGGCGGUUCCUCAGUGCCUGGAGGACAAUAUACAUCUGGUGGUGCUGUGGGCCCAUCAACUACUGGGGGACAAUAUUUACCUGGAGGAAUCGGAAAUGGAAGACAAUAUAUACCUGGAGAUAUAAAAGGAUUCCCAAUUCCAGACAGACAGUAUAUACCUGGUAUUAUAACAGGUAGACCAGGUGACACCAGUAGUUCCUCAUUGCCUGGUGGACAAUAUAUGCCUGGAGGUACUGGUAGUGCUGCAGGGCCCGGCGGACAGUAUAGUAUACCAGGUGGAAUUGGUUCCUCAAUACCUGGAUCAAAAUACUUACCUGGAACGCAAUACGUACCUGGAACACAAUACUUACCUGGAAUACAAUACUUACCCGGAACGCAAUACGUAUCUGGUGGUGUAAGAGUUGGACCGAGUGGUACCGGCAGCUCUUCAAUACCAGGUGGACAAUAUAUUCCAGAUGUUAACAGAGGAUCUUCUAUACCUGGCGGACAAUAUUUACCUGGUGGUAACAGUGGUUCUACAGUGCCUGGCGGACAGUAUACGCCCGGUGGCACUAUUAUUUCCACAGGGCCUGGAGAACAAUAUAAACCAGGUGAUAAUAGCGGUUCUACAGUACCUGGUGGACAAUAUGCACCUCCUGGCACUGGUGUUUCUUUAGGACCUGAAGGACAGUAUAUACCUAGCAACAAUCAUGGAUUUACAGCACCAGGGGGACAGUAUACACCCAGUGGCACUGGUGUGUCUUCAGGACCUGGAGUACAGUAUGUACCUAGUGGAUCUGGUGGUCCCACGGCACCUAGUGGAGAGUAUGUACCUGGUGGUAACAGAGGCUAUUCAGGGCCCGGAGGGCAAUAUAUACCGGGAAUUACUGACACGUUUAUGCCUGGAGGGCAGUAUGCACCUGGCGGUACUGGUGGCGCUACAGUGCCUGGAGGACAGUAUGCGCCUGGCGGUGCCGGUGGCUCUACAGUGUCUGGAGGGCAGUAUUCACCUGGUGGUACUGGUGGCUCUACAGUGCCUGGAGGACAGUAUUUACCUGGUGGUACUGGUGGAACUACAGUGCAUGGAGGACAGUAUACACCUGGUGGAACUGUUGGCUCUACAUUGCCUGGAGGACAAUAUAUGCCUGGUGGUACAGGAGAUGGGCCCAAUAAUGCCGGUGACUCAUUAUUACCUAGAGGACAAUAUAUACCCGGUGGUCCUUCAGUACCUGGAGGUCAGUAUAUUCCUCGUGGUUCUUCAGUAACUGGAGGACAAUAUUUACCCAGCGGUUCUUUAGUACCUGGAGGAACAUAUACUCCUGGUGUUUUAACACCCGGAGGACAAUAUCUACCAAACGGUUCACCAGUGGACGGUGGGCAAUAUGUGCCUGGAGGAAGCAGCGGUACUGCAGUACCUGGAGGACAGUAUGCACCCAGUGACACUAGAGGUGGCCCAGGUGUUGCCAGCGGUACUACAGUGCCAGCAGGACAGUAUAUUCCUGGUGGUAUUGGUAGUAUUAAUACACCUGAAAAUGGCUACAGGCCAGGCGGAAUAGAUGGUAAUACUGCUCCCGGGCAGUAUUUACCAGUUAAUACAGGAGGUAGUACAUUGCCUGGAAGUCAAUAUGGAUCUGGUAACACUGCUGGUUCUGGCGUACCCGGACGUCAAGGGGAAUUACCGAGCUCUGGUGGAGCGUAUGGCACAAACCCACAAGAAUACUAUAAUCAAGGAAAUUCAAAAGGACAAGGCAAUGAGUAUAAUGGAAUUCCACAAAAUUAUUUAGAUCCUAAAACAGUUAUUACGGACGAAGACGAGUCAGAAGCUGAAGCUAAUGUUGCUCAAAAUAUAAAUGGAACCACUGCAAGCGCUUCUUCAAAAGGUGGGAACGACAAGGGUCGGGCACAAACAAGUGUGCAGGGAACAUACACAGGGAGUGGAUCUUUUCAAGCACAAGCACAAAUUACUGGAGAUAAUAAAGAAGCUCAGAGUGAAGUUAGCGGGGGCAAAAAAGGAGCAUCGAGCUCCGCUUCUGGUAGUGGACGAAAUAAUAAAUCACAGGCAAACGUUCAAUUAGGUUCAGAAACUGGAUCUGUUCAAACACAGUCACAAAGCAAUGGCGUAAUGCAUUCAUCGAAUUCACAAGUGCAAGGUAGUGUUAAAGGGGGAAUGGCAGAUGCACAAGCACGUGGACCAGGAAGUACUUCAUCUCAAGCUCAAAUAGGAUUUACACCCUACAAAGAUGAGGAAAAAACUCGUCACGAUCUUCAACGCAUUCCAUUUUCGGGCGGGGGUAUGGCAUCGGCACAAUCAAGUGGACGCACAGGUCAAUCACAAACUCAGUUACAUGGCACCUUUAAAUAUGGAAUUACAUAUAAUGGGGCCGCACAGUCAGGAGCAAGUUUAGAUAAGGAUGCUGUAUUUCCUAAUAGGCUUUCAUUUGAAAAAAUAAAUGUUUUUGACGAGAAAAACAAAAACAUAAAUGUAGAUAAAAUAAAUAUAGAUACCACGGAAACGCCGCAAGCGUUGGGUUCAGAAAUAUCGUCACUGGAAACUUCAACUUUGUCGGAAUCAUAUGACACUAAUGAAAAAAUUGAUACACCUACAACAGAAAAUAUCGUGGACGAAUCAAUGAAAAAUUCAGAAAGCAGAUAUUCUGGUCAUGCGCACAUAGAUCACCAUGUAUCGGAACCUUUCAAUUCAACUAACAUUAACGUACCAACAUCAAUAGGUGGUAGAAGAUCAUUCCAAACGAAUAAUGAAAAUAUCCCUGACUACGAAUUUUCUACUGACAAAGAAGAUACUCAGCCAGAAUACGAAACCGAUGUAGGCUAUGAAGGUGAUGGCAAUGACGCCACAGAAGUUGAGCAAAAUGAAUACUCGAACUACGAUGAAUAUACGAGAGAUUCUCUAUCACAUCAAUACCUUCAAAACUCAAAUAAAAAAGGUCUUGACGUACGUCAAACAACGGCCGGUAAUACCCAGCACAUACUAUUAGGAUCUUUAAAAGGCCAUAAUGCAGAAAUAGUACAAAAGGACACAGAGCGUCCUGAUGAAAAUAAAGUUUAUCAACCGGGUGAGCGCGUUCCUGGUACUGGAGGAUACACAAUUCCUGUCGGUUUCACGGGAAGUGUUAAAUCAGUUGCUUCAAAGGAUAAAACCUACGUGGUAGGUUCUAAGGAUUUUCCAUCUCAAGCACAAACUGUUACUCUUACGCCGGGGACAGGCAAAAUUAAAUAUAUACAUCCUUCAUCUUAUGGAAAGUACGUAAAACCCAAGAACUUGAGAUCUCUGCAAAGUCCAAAAGAAAAUGAUAAUCGGUAUGUAUCAGUUUCAAAAUCUGUAACUCGCGCUCUCGACAGUGACAAUAAUAUUCGCAAACAAUACUCACACACCUAUUAUACAAAGUCGUCCUCUUGCGGAUAUUUUACGUUUACAUGUACAAUGGUAACUAGUGCAGAAGGACGAAAAAAAGUUUGUAAACCUAAAAUGCCGACUAAUCCAGAUGGAAGUCCAAUAAGAUGCUAG